GUUCGGUUACUCACUCAAGAUGCCGGAAUCAUUUACACAAUGAAAACUUUUCUUUCUCCGGCGAUAUGCUUCGAUCAUGGUCGAUCGCGAAACUACAAAUCAGUAAAGUUUAUUCAUCCGAUUCUCGCUUUUGCACACACGUUCUCUUCAAUGGAGUUGUCAGACGACAAUUCACGAGCACUAGCGGCGAAAGAAGAACAGUGAUGAGCUUCGGUGACGGAAACCUUGGCGCUCUUGGUCUUUCAUCAUCGUCGAUUCCAGGCAUGGGAAUGGACGCUUACGAACCCACCGUAGUUUCUAAUUUGCCUUCCGAUAUCUCUUCCAUAUCCGCCGGACAUUACCAUUCUCUUGCCGUUACAUCUAGCGGUGAGAUUUGGGCUUGGGGUCGCAACGACGAAGGCCAGCUCGGUCGAAUCGUAAUUGAUUCUAGAGAUUCAAGGAGUGAACCUAAGAGAGUGGAAGGUCUAGAGAAUGUGAAUGUCCAGGCAGCGUUUGCGUCUGGAGUUGUUUCAGCUGCUAUUGGAGAUGAUGGCUCUUUGUGGGUUUGGGGAAGAUCUAAAAGAGGACAGCUUGGUCUUGGAAAUGGUAUCAUUGAAGCUCGAGUUCCUUCGAGAGUUGAAAAUUUAGCUGCAGAGCACGUUGUUAAGGUAUCAUUAGGUUGGGGGCACGCACUUGCGCUUACUGUGGAUGGUAAAGUUUUUGGAUGGGGUUAUGUAGCUGAUGGAAGAGUAGGCAAUGUUGGACUUCCACUUGAAGCAUCUCUGCUAGAUUCAAUUACAGAUGGGUCGAUGAAAGGUCACCAUGCUGCUGGUGAUUUGAAUCUUGAGGCAGCUGAAAAGAAGGUUGUGGAAGCAAUGAGUAAAGAGAACGAUAUGCCAAUUGCUUGGGAACCUUGUCUGGUGGAAGAAACGUGUAACGAGAAGGUAGCAGAUAUUGCGUGCGGUUCCGAUCACUCCUUGAUCCUUUGUCAUGAUGGCACACUUUUGAGCGCUGGGAGCAACAUCUAUGGUCAGUUGGGUCGGUCUAAACAAGAUCUAGGAAUGAAACCUGUUGAUAUAACUGAAUCUCCGAUCUCUAUAGCAGCUGGUCUUGGUCAUUCACUAGCUAUCUGCAACAGGGGUGAAAGAAAUAUUCUCUCAUGGGGUUGGAACCGAAGCCGGCAGCUUGGUAGGGGAAAACCGGAAAACCUGCCAAGAGAAGUAGAAGGUUUCGAUGGGGAAAGUCCAGCUUCAGUAUCAGCAGGGCGUGUGCAUUCCUUGUGUGUAACAGAGAAAGGAGAAGCUUGGGUUUGGGGUUGUGGGAAGAAUGGUAGGCUCGGUUUAGGAAGCUCGAGCGAUGAGCCUGAACCGAUGUUGUUAGAGGAUGUAGAGGGUUGUGUUCUUCAAGCAGUCGCUGGCUUUGAUCACAGCCUGAUCUUAGUGGCUGAAUAGCCCCACCCAAUAUCUAGUAAACAUUGAUCUUGAAAAUUUAUUUCAUGUAUUUACGUGCGAUCAGUUGCUUUUUAAGUGAACUGGUGAAAUAAAAUUAGAAAGAUCAGCGAGUAACAAAAAGAUAAUCA